GCGCGGGUCCGGAGCGGGCCCGGGGCUGGGGGAGGCACCGGCACAGUUCAUGCGCAAUGGCACGGGGAACGCUGAUUUCAUCGAGCCUUCUUCCUUCCUUUUUGUAAGACAAUGUGCCUGCUACAAGGAGGCACAGACAUCUUUUGUCUGCGUUUCGGAAAGGCGAGGCCGGAGCUCUCCGGUGCCACCCUGAAAGGACUGGAAGGACUGCGCGAUUCCCAGGUUGUGAUUAAGAACAGACAACAAGUUUUUGAGUCUUGAGAACAGUAAAUUCUAGCAGUGUAAGAGAACCAGGCUGCUGGUUGUACUAAUUAUCUCCRAGGUUUUAGUUCAUCUGAACUCAUACUUGCAAGCUUGAGGGCAAAAUACAAGGAGGAAGAAAUCUGCCCACACUGAAGUUCAUGACAGAAUUCUCUUAGCAAGCAAUGGACCAAGGUUCACCCUGCACAGCAGAACGGGAACUGUUGGAAGCUGUGAGCAGAAUUACUACAACUUCUACCACAAGUCCAUCUGAUGAAGAAGAAAAUCAACCCAAAGCUGAAAUUUCACGUCAAGUGMGAAAAGAAAACCCAGAAAAAGAUGAGAUGCAAGAUUCCAGUGCAACCCUAAGUCCCAACUCUUCAAUGACCACUAAGGAACUUCAGGAAUACUGGAAGAAUGAAAAACGCCAGUGCAAACAAGUCAAACUCCUUUUUGAAAUCCCKUCAGCCAGAAUUGUAGAGCACCGCUUAUCUAAAUACGUGAUGUAUAAAAUCAUCAUUUUGCAGACAGGGAGUUUUGACAGCAACAAGUCUAUAAUUGAACGGCGUUAUUCAGAUUUUGAGAAACUGCACAGAAAUCUGCUGGAGGAAUUUAGUGAAGAAAUGGAAGAUGUAAGCUUUCCCAAAAAAACCCUAACAGGCAACUUCACAGAAGAAACAAUCAAUGAAAGAAAAUUAGCCUUCAAGGACUACCUGAGACUUCUAUAUUCCAUGAAAUACAUCAGAAGAUCAAAAAAAUUUAUCGACUUUUUAACGAGGCCRGAGCUUCAGGAAGCAUAUGGUUGCCUGCGGGGUGGCCAGUACACCAAAGCUUUGGAAAUCCUGUUAGAAGUCAUUGGGCUGCAGGAAAGGCUGACGAGAGGCAACCCUGUCUCGAUUGUCCCCACUCUCUGUGCCAUUGUGGUGUGCCACAAGGACCUGGAAAAGCCAGACAGUGCCUUUGAGUAUGGAGAAAAGGCUCUGUCACGCCUCCGUGUGCACACCAGCCACAGGUAUUACAUCCCGCUGUUAGAAACUAUGAUCACCCUGGCAUAUGAGCUCGGCAAGGAUUUUCUGUCUUUGCAAGAAAAAYUGGAAGAAUGGAAGACAAAGAAAGACCCCAUACGGGUUUUUACCUUGAAGGAACUUGCAGUUCGGGAGUAUGUUCAAUGAACACAAAAACAUUUAAUGAAAGCAAACUCCUGAAAGACUGAGAACUGGAAAUUACCUGUUUGGCUUUUAUAACAUUGUAUUACUAGAAAAAAAGAAUUAAAUAUCCUUUAUGUUCAAACGGGGCAUUAACAUCUAUGUUGGAAUAUAUUUCAUCUACUUUACAGGUAGAAGGAGUACCUGAGGAGCACCUUAAGGAUUUUUGAAGGAAAUUUGCAAGAAAAUAAUCAUUAAUGGCUUGCUUGUUUUGAAUAUAGCUUAUUUUGUGUGAAAAGUCAGAGGAAGAAAAUGUAAUUAAUAAAGCACUUGGGAAUCUGUAGGAUCAGAGGCAGUACUUGCUCAUGUGGAAACUACUUCCUUUCAAGAAGAAAAUAUCUUCUCAGUAGAUGCAGUCUAAAGGGUGCAUCUUCAGACACUGAAUGCAGUUUUUUACUCCUCCAGCUGGGCCCUGGUCAAAUGGCACUUUGCCAUUUCUGAGAAGGAUGGGAUUGAUCCUGUUCCCGCUGAAUUCAGCUGCUGUGGGCAGGAGGACCUGGGGGAAGAUUUAAAUCAACUUUGGUAGGAGCAAAAAAUACAAGUGAUGAUCAUUCUAUCAGAGAUGAGGGAAUACACUUCAUUUCCCUUUUGUAACUGACACAGUGUUAUGACUUUCUGCAUUGAAGGCACAUUCUCCUUUGUCUGGCUCUUCAUUUUCCCUCAACUCUACAGUCUCUCCCAUACACUUACUUUAACAAUCUGGUAAAUUAAUUCUCAUAAAUAUUGUAAUUACCAUGUCAUUAUCUAGCACGGAUCAU